AUGGGAAACCUAAUAGGAGGAACUGUAGAACCUCCUAAAUCUCGCUUUGGGAUAGAUGAAACUAUGGUUCCAACAUUUGAACCUUAUAAAAAGGAAAUAGAAAUUACAAAUGAAUGUGAAAUGCGUUUCCAAUAUGUCCAUGUUAUAGAUCAUAUAAUUCCAAUAUAUCUCAAAAAAAAACAAUAUACAGAAGAAGUAGAAGAAGUUGAACUAGAAGGAGAGUUUAACUUAAGAAAAGCACUUGAGAAAGUAAAAGAAAUUGAAGUUGAGGAUACUAUUCAUCCACAGGAGUAUGAGACACCUAAAAAAGAAGAGCAUAUGGAGCAACCUCUUAUUAGAGGUGAAUAUCUUUAUAAAGCUUAUGAAAAACGAUUACAUAAAUGGCUUGGGAAUGAUACUGCUAUAGAAAAGGAAAUUAGUAUAUAUGGAAAAGUAGCAGCUGAUUCAGUUAUCAAAGUAAAAGAUGUUAACAGUUGUAGUUCAUUUAAUCCCAUUCAAACCGUUAGGUGGUUUCUUAGUUCUUCUGUAGUAUUAAGUAAAGAUGAGACAAUAGUAUUUAAUCCACUGCCUCAUCAUGAAGGUUAUGAAUGGUGUUUGACUAGAGAAUGUAUAGGACGUUAUAUACAGGUAGUGGCUUAUCGCAGUAAAACAGUUUUGAAAAAGAACCCAAGUAUUAUUCGAGCAAAAGAUUUACAUUGUAAUUAUACAAUUGAUGAGACUGCCUAUAUUCCAAAGGCAAGUGAAAAUUGGGUACCCUAUAGCAAGGUAAUUGGGCCUGUAUUGAUUCCUGAUUAUUUAGCUCAUCAAGUUCUAAAAAAUUUAAAUCAAGUAACUUUUAAAUGUAGAGUAAUGAUUAUUGGUAAUCCAAAGCUAACCCAAGAUAAUAAAGAAACACAAACUCAACAAGAUCAGGCUUCAGAUGAGAAUAUCAAUGAAGAAGAUGAAUCCGAAUUUUUAGCAAUAAAAGAGCAAGCUUUCUGGGGAGUUAUAUAUAUUGAUUUAAUUAAUGGAUAUAUCUCAAUAAACUUUAAUAGUAAUCUAAAAGUUAAUAUUAAUUCAAUGCCACCCAAUGAAAAACAACUUGAGAAAUCUCUAACUUUGGGUUUUGAUGAGUUUGUAUGUACUAUAAAUCAUAAGAGGAAUAUAAGUAUAAUAAAUAUGAUUGUUCUAGAUAUAUCCAAAGAAAAGACAGAUUAUGAAUUAAAAUUUAGAGUUGAUCCAGAUAUUGGAAGAGAUGCAUUAUAUUACACCUUUCUGAGUUUCCAAUCAGCUUAUAGGAGGCAAGAAUUUAAUUGGAAGAAUUCGUUAUAUAAGGGUGAUAUAUUAGCUGUUCAAUCUAUUAUUCAAGAUGAAAUAGAAGCUAUGACUUUAAAUGGAUAUUACUGA